CCGCUGUCGUCAGGGGGGUUGGGGUAACAUGGCGUCGGCUUCGCACUGACAGCCUGUGAGUGAGUGAGAGCGACAGCGAGCCCGCCUCCGUCUCCUGUUGCCAAGCGGAUUGCACUCACCACUCACACACACACUCUCUCUCUCUCUGAAGGAACAAGUCGGAAAGUAUGAAAUCGGGCACGGAGGCUAAGUGUCUGGAAUUUUAACUAAUCAGAAUGGAAACUUAUCAGACCCUGUCUUUCUGUAGCUGUGAAUUAAGUGUCAGAAAAUGAAACAGAUUAAUUCUGAAAUUUUGUGGAUUGUAUUUAUACUGGCUUCCUGCUGUGCAGUUCAGGCAGCGGAGUUUGUGGAUGUGGCCAAUCAUGCAAUCAAACUGCACAGAGGGAGAGGAGCAACAAUCACUAAAGGGACACUGUGGAUCAUGGACAAUUGUAAGAAGUUGUCUGGCAUGCUUCGCCAGAAGAAUGUGAUACUGAACAAAUUGAAGAAAGCGAUGAAAGCUGUUGGAAUGGACUCAAGACUGUCAAUGGCAGAGAAGGUCUUUCAGGUCCAUACGUUUGAGAUCUUCCAGGCAGAGUUGAAUGAGAGUGAGAAAUCAGUGUUCCAGGCAGUCCACGGGCUUGAGAGAGUUCUUCAGGGGGAUUAUAAAGAUAUAGUGAACAUGAGAGAAAGCAGCAAGCAACGUCUAGAAGCCUUGAGAGAAGCUGCUAUUAAGGAGGAAAAGGAGUAUGUGGAGUUGUUGGCUGCAGAGAAACACCAAGCCGAGGCACUCAAAAAUAUGCAGCAUGCAAACAGAAGCUUAUCAAUCCUUGAUGAAAUUCUUGAAGAUGUGCGGAAGGCUGCAGAUCGUUUGGAGGAGGAGAUCGAUGACCAUGUGUUUGACAAUAACAAAUUGGUCCGUGGUGGAAACGUUGAAGCUGUUAUUAGAGUUGAAGAGGACGAGGAAGAUCGUAAGCAAAACCUUUCCAUGCACGAAGUAGAGGGUGGCUUGGGGCUCAGUAUGCUCAUUGACUCUCAGAACAACCAGUACAUCCUGACCAAACCCAGGGACUCAACGAUCCCUCGAGCUGAUAUUCAUUUUAUAAAGGAUAUAGUUUCCAUUGUGGUGAUAUCUCUGCCUUGUGGCUGGAUUUGUACCUUAAUGGGACUUCCUACAAUGUUUGGUUAUAUUGUUUGUGGGGUUCUCUUAGGUCCCUCAGGACUAAACCGCAUCAAGUCCAUUGUUCAAGUGGAAACACUUGGCGAGUUUGGUGUGUUCUUCACCCUGUUUGUUGUUGGCCUGGAAUUUUCUCCUGAUCGGCUCAGAAAGGUCUGGAAGAUUUCUUUGCAAGGUACCAGUUAUAUGACAAUUCUGAUGGUUAUAUUUGGACUACUGUGGGGACAUCUGCUGAAUAUCAGGCCAACGCAAAGUAUUUUUAUUUCCACAUGUUUAUCUCUAUCAAGCACCCCAUUAGUAUCCAGAUUCCUUGCACUUAGUGCCAGAGGAGACAAAGAAGGUGAUGGAGAUUAUAGCAGUGUGCUGCUAGGAACACUGGUGAUGCAGGAUGUUCAGUUGAGUUUAUUCAUUGCCGUGAUGCCCAUGCUAACUCAGGCAGGCAGUAACACAUCUAAAAGUACAGUUUUAGAAAUACUGCGGAUUUUCGCUCUUAUUGGUCAAAUUCUGUUUUCGUUGGUGGCAAUUCUUCUGAUAUCUCUUGUGGUAAAGACUUACCUCAUUGGACCAUUUUACAGAAAACUACACACAGAGGGUAAAGGAAAUAGAGAGAAACUUGUCCUAGGAAUUUCAGCAUUUAUCUUUCUUAUGUUAAUGCUAACUGAGAUGUUAGAUGUUUCAAUGGAGCUAGGUUGUUUCUUGGCUGGGGCUUUGAUUUCAUCACAAGGCCAUGCUGCUAUGGAGGAAGUUAUGUUGUGCAUGGAGCCCAUACGGGAUUUUCUGGCUAUCAUCUUCUUCACUUCAAUUGGUCUUCAUGUUUUCCCAACAUUUGUGCUUUAUGAACUGACAGUCCUAAUGUGCCUUACAUUGGCAGUUGUGGUGUCCAAGUUUAUCCUGGCAGUACUUGUCCUCUCCCUGAUCCUACCAAGGAACAGCAAGUACAUAAGAUGGGUCGUUUCUGCAGGGUUAGCGCAAGUCAGUGAGUUUUCCUUUGUUCUGAGUAGUCGGGCUCGUAAGUCGGGAAUUGUCUCCAGAGAGGUCUACCUCCUCAUCCUAAGUGUAACUACCUUAAGCCUUCUACUCGCCCCAGCAUUGUGGAGAGCAGCAAUUCUGAAAUGUGUUCCUAAGCCGGAAAAGCGGUUGAGCACAUAACAGAAGAUGAACCCAGGUGGUUUGCCGGACACUUUGUUAGAUUUCAGAGACCAGCAUGGUGUGAAAUCCUAACACUUCACCUUUUCAAUAAGCCAUACUGACAUAUGUACACAACUUGGUUUUCUCUACUAAAUAGACUGGUUCCGGUAUGUUUUACAUCAUCUCCUGAUGCCUUUGCCUUUGAUUGAAAACUGAAUUUGGAAGGGGAUUCAUUAUUUCUGUUCGAUUUGUUACAAAAGCACUUUGUAUCCACAUUCUGGCAUUCAGAUGGAGAAACUUGUUUACUGGAGUAAAAUGAGCAUGAUCUUGGUGAGCAAUGAAGGGAUGAAAUAAAGAUGCAGUUUUGAUAAGAUUGUGAUGAUUUGAGUGUCGGUGGGUGAUGUUUCCACUGGGAGAUGGCAGUGCUCUCUGCCUCCGGUUAGCUAUAUAUUUCAGACUGGAAAAUGGGUUGAGAAUAGAUAGCUCGCUUAGAAAUAGUAAGAACUGCCAAUGCUGGAGUCAGAGAUAACACAGUGUGGAGCUGGAUGAACACAGCAGGCCAGGCAGCAU